GGGACACACAGAGGUAUGGAGAGGGGGUGCAGGGGGGGGCCUAGAGAGGGCUGAAGAGCAGGGUGACCUUGGGGAGAGUUGAGGAGAGGAGCAGAAACAGAAAGGAGUAGAAAGGGGGCAGCAGAUGGGGACUUGUGGAUUGCAGAGCCACUCAGCCAUGUUGAGAGGGAAGCUACCGGGUCCCCCACACAGCCCCGGGCUGCCUUUGGCCCUGGCGCUUCUGGCCCUGGGGGCUGCGUGGGCUCAGGAGGGGUCAGAACCUGUCCUGCUGGAGGGUGAAUGCUUGGUGGUCUGUGAGCCUGGCCGAGCUGCUGCAGGGGGGCCUGGAGGAGCAGCCCUGGGAGAGGCGCCCCCCGGACGAGUGGCAUUUGCUGCAGUUCGAAGCCAUCACCAUGAGCCAGCAGGGGAGACCGGCAACGGCACCAGUGGGGCCAUCUACUUCGACCAGGUGCUGGUGAACGAGGGCGGCGGCUUUGACCGGGCCUCUGGCUCCUUCGUGGCCCCUGUCCGGGGUGUCUACAGCUUCCGGUUCCAUGUGGUAAAAGUGUACAACCGCCAAACCGUCCAGGUGAGCCUGAUGCUGAACACAUGGCCUGUCAUCUCAGCCUUUGCCAACGACCCUGAUGUGACCCGGGAGGCAGCCACCAGCUCUGUGCUACUGCCCUUGGACCCCGGGGACCGGGUGUCCCUGCGCCUGCGUCGGGGGAAUCUGCUGGGUGGCUGGAAAUACUCUAGCUUCUCUGGCUUCCUCAUCUUCCCCCUCUGAAGGCCCAGGCCUUUCAGGGAUGGGAAUCCAACCUCUGACCAUUGCCUUCUGCCCUCUCUUGCUCCAGAAAGAGCAUCUUUGGGGCAAGAGAGAGGCUCCCUCUGGCUGCCGGUAUCCCACCUCCUUGCAUGGGACCCUGUGUCAAACACCCAAGGUUAAUAGUAGAAAAGAGCAAGGCUAUGGCAUCUCUGAACCUGGCCCUUCCCACCCACCCCUAGUUGCCCUCCCAGCUACCUGCUGCAUCUCUUCAUCCCUGCAGCCCCCAAUCAGGGCAACGUUUGGCAGAUAGGGAGGCCUAUACUACUUUGCAAUCUCUGCUCCUCCUGUUCCCCUACCCCAGCUUCCUGCUCCGUGCCAUUUGGGGACAGGUGGCACAGGUGAGCCUGACAGGCCCCCACAGGGGCCCAGAUGGACUAGCCUUAGCAUACUCUGCAGGCUUCUUCCUGUGAGGAGUGCCAGCAUCACAGAUCUCCAGAUCUCUGCCAGCAUCAUCAGAAACUGAACCAGCACCGUAUGGGCUAGGGCGGGAGGCUCAGCCACAAGCAGAAGUUUAGGGAGGGCCACAGAGCAGCCUGAGUCUAGGGCUGGUGAGGCAGGAAGGGGGAUGUGCCUAGCCUGAACAUGUAAACAUUUCGCAUGUGUAGAGGGGCA